AUGAUCGGCCCCAGGGGCCGACAUCGAGGAAAAACGACCAGAACUCAGAUCGUCGGAGAUUCGGCUUGCCUUGUGUUCAGGCCCGCCGAGACCGCGUUGCGCGCGGCGCCACUGGGCGAGGGCGAGCCGGCGUGCGUCGUGUGCGCGGAGGCGGCGGCCGUGGCGACGUUCGUGCACGGCGCUACGGGCCACACGGCGUGCUGCGUGCCUUGCGCCGAGGAGCUGCAGCGGCGCCGGGACCUGAGGUGCCCCGUGUGCCGGCAGCCGUUCACCUCAGUCAUCCGGACGUUUUCGGCCUGA